AGUAGAUUCAGAAACAGAGGGGAGAGAGGGAGAGAGGGAGAGAGGAGGGAGCAGCUGUUUGGAACCAUGACUGAAGAUGACGGAUUCGGUUGUGGUGGAGGGACAAGUCAGAUUGAGAGAUGGAAAAAAGUGGAAGAAUAGGUGGGUGGUGUUCAGAAAACCUUCCCCUGUUGCAGAUUGUCUGUUAAUGCUGGUGUACAAAGAAAAAUCAGAAAGGACAAAGGGGCACAAGGAACGAAGCAGCGUAACGCUAGAGGAUAUCUGUGGCUUAGAUCCGGGGCUCUCGUACGAGGGCAUGAACCAGACGCUGGCCAUCAUCUGCUUCUCGCAAGUUGUUAUGCUCGGUUUUGAUAACAAGGAGAUUAUGAACGCCUGGGAUGUACGACUACGUUACAGUUUGGGUGAAGUUCACAGAUUUCAUGUCGGAGUCCUGCCGGGUACCAAACUGGAAAGUGGACCUGCCACCCUCCAUUUGUGCAAUGACAUUCUAGUUCUAGCGAGAGACAUCCCACCGGUGGUUAUCGGACAGUGGAAGUUAUCUGACCUGAGACGUUAUGGAGCCGUAGCAAACGGGUUUGUGUUUGAGGGUGGAACGCGAUGUGGCUACUGGGCCGGAGUAUUCUUCCUGUCCUGCACAGAAGGAGAUCAGAUCAGCUUUCUCUUCGACUGCAUUGUUCGUGGAAUUUCUCCUACAAAAGGCCCGUUUGGUCUGCGCCCAGUGCUCCCAGACCCAAAUCUAAACCCAGCCUACAUGGAAGAAAGGGUGGAACAUGAAACAUUGCAGCUGGAGAAACGUCUCAGUCUCCUCUCACAUCAAAGCCUCGGAGGGGAUGACAGAAGUUUAUCAAGUUCCUCUACAGACACCAGUCACUCAGAUGCCAGUGCAGGAAGUAGACUGACAAUCUGGCCAGAGACAUCGUCGGCCAGCACUUCAGCGGAAAGUCACGGGAUGGCAGCAGCGAAAGGCAUUCACCUUGGAGAAGAUAAAGCCUAUGCAGAUGCUCUUCAUUCUGCAAAGCCCCCUCCUAAGCCCGUAAGGUCUAGACAGUUGCAGGAAAUAGGUCGUCAAAGUUCUUCUGACAGUGGCAUAGCUACGGGUAGCCACUCUUCCUACUCCGGGAGCUUCUCUUCCUACGCUGAAAGCCUGGACAUUUGCCAUGGUGAGGAGUUUGGCUCAUUGCUUAGCUUGCCAUUGAACUUUGCUACCGACCAGAAUGUAUGUACUUGCCAACAUACUAAUCCCCAGAGAGGCUCUGAGUAUCAGAUUCCUGGCUCUGUAAGACAUCUAUAUGACACACCCAGAAGUUUACUACCGGCAGCUGGUAGAUGUACUCAACACAAGAGUUCAGAUUCCACAUUAUCCAAGGACCAGUCACGUGCAACUCAAGGCAUUAGUGAUCCUAAGCUAUUGGUACCGCACGUGGAGGCAAGAACAACAGUUGAACAAAGCCAAGAUCGGAGUAGGCAUUCAUCCUUACUCCAAGAAAGCAAAGACGAUGAGACGUAUGUGGAUUUUGUUCCAAGGUGGACUGCCACAAAACCUCCGUCGCAGGUUCCAGAAACAAAAAGUAGCGAUGUGGUUCCGUCGGUUCCAGGGGCAACUGACACUUGUGAAAUAUGCAGUCCUCAACCUGGAAUUACUAGAGCCCUGUUUGCAGCUUGUCCUGUCUGUGGUGGACUAAAGGGCGCCUCUGGUCUGCAUUCAGGACCUGCCCCUGCACAAGGAGCAUCCUCUUCAUUGGUACCAGGAGCGGCAAGACCUCCAAAGGGACAAGCCACGCUAGCUAGCACAGCAGGGGCAGCAGGUUAUCCAGCCGAGCCACUGGUUUCUGACCGACCUCGCAGUGAAACAGCAACAUAUGUAAAUAUUCCUAUCAGCCCAACAUCAAAGAAACAGAUCCAUUACACGGCAUUAGAACUGCAAGAGCCUAGUACAGGAAUAAGAGGCAGUGGCUCCACCAAGUAUGCGCAGAUAGACAUUGCCGCAACUGAGACGGCACACAAAGUGGGAUCCCAGCAUGCGCAGUCCAGAGAAGACCGCCUUCCAGAACUAGAACAGAGAAAAAAGGGAUCUCAACCAUGAUGUCAUCGGGAAGAGGAACUUUAUAUAAUCUGAUUUGGGGUGCUGUGGACAGUCAACUCAAGACUGGCCGUGUGUUCCAUAGUCUUCUAUUAGAGGCCUACCUAUGGGAUAUGGGUUGUAAUUACUCAGUAAGUUUCCUGAAGGAUGUGUACGUCAUAGAGGGUUGAUUGUACAUCAGAUUUGGGCAACUCUUGCCCAUUGGCUGUUGUUGGACUGCAAUCAAGAUUGACUAUUGCUAGUGCAAUAUAUGAUAUAUAUCAGGUUUGAGUUAACUGGUCCCUAUCUGCGGAUUGACUACAGUAAAGUAAUUCUAGGGUGUAUGUGAGUUGUAGUCCAGUGACAGCUGAUCAGGGACAAUGCUUGAAGGGCCAACUCCUAGCUAUUCAGAUCUCACUGUAGAAACUGGAACUGAAUUGUAUGUAGCAUGUCGACAAAGGGGUCAUUCCAAAGCUGAUAUUUCCUCCUAGAAAUCAGGCAGAUUAGUAUGGUUGGUAAAAUGCCCAAUGUCUUGGCGACAAAAUAACAUUUUACAUAUCUGCUGGUAUUUACAUUUAGAAUUCAGAAUUUCCUGUAAUGUUGCAAUAUUGUUUUGUAAGCGUAUUUAUUUUUUUUUGUCAAUCACUAUUUAAUUUUAUUUGUGUAUCAUUUUAUACCAAAAACGGUCUGCAACAUACCUCCUCAGGUUCAUGGUCUUACACAUACAGGACUUUUAUUUUGUUUUUUUCCUUAGUAGAAAUGUGUAUGUUUCCGUUUUACUGUACCCAUUAACCCCUUCAUUUCCAGAGUGGGUUAACUCAGUCUGGCUCACUAAGGGUUAAUAUUCAAUUUCUGGGGGCAUUUAUGUACAGUAUUGAUAUCUUGAACAUUUACUGUGUUUUGUUUUUUUUUUCUCUUGGUUUUAAUCUCUGCGGUAUUGACUUUUUUUAAAUAAUUAUUAAUUGUUUCAAAACAGAAAAAAAAUUGCAACAUGUAACAAAUGGAACCGUACUAGUAAUUUUGAGUAAUUGUAAGAUAUUGCAUGUAUGUAAUUUGUAUUAAAAUA